UAGAGGGAUUUUCCAACGUUCCAGCUGGAAUCCGGGUUCCAAAGCGCACGCGCGGAGAGUUUCUUGGCAAGCGGCUGCUCAGCGGGACAGCCGAAGCGAUGGGGCUGCGCUGGGGGCUCCUCUGGCUUCUCGGGGCCGCCGCUUCCUGCCUUCUGGAGGGCAGUCUCGGCUCCUCCCCUCGGGUAGGCCAUGUGAGCUACUCUUCUGCAACGGAGGCUUGUCCAGGGCUGCCAGCCUUCACAGCUGAAGGUUAUAUGGACGAUCAGCUUAUCAUUCGCUACGAAAGCCACACCAGGAAGAUACAUCCUCGAGUAGAUUGGUUAAAUACACUGGCAAAGGAAGAUUUCAGAUUCUUUAACAAGUACAUGUGGAUUUUGCAGAAAGACGAGGAACGCUUUCAGGAGGACGUGCCCAUGCUCCAGAGACGCUAUAACCAAAGUGGAGGCUUUCACAUCGUCCAGUUGAUGGUCUCCUGUGAAGUGGGGGAAGAUGGGAAAAGGAGCGGCCGCUGGCAGUAUGGCUAUGAUGGGCAGCAUUUCCUUGGCUACGAGAUGGCGACCGGCAUCUGGACAGCAGCUGACAAAGAAGCCCAGGAGAUCAAGCGGAGGGUCGAAACUGCCGCCAAUCACCGUUUCACAGAUUAUGUGGAGAGCAUCUGCACAGAGUGGCUGCAGAAAUACAACCACUACAGAUUGGAGACAUCCUUGAGGGAAGUUCCUCCAGUGGUGACGAUGAGCAGCAGGACAGAAGCUGAUGGUAUGGAGAGGCACGUCUGCCGAAUCCACGGCUUCUACCCCAGGGAGAUCGAUGCCUCCUGGACGAGGGAUGGGGAAUUCUGGCUGCAAGACACCUUCCAUGGGUCUGUGGCCCCCAACUCAGAUGGGACCUACUAUUACUCGCUUGGAAUCCAGAUCGAUCCCAAGGAGAGGGGCCGCUAUCGGUGCCACGUGGAGCACAAUGGCUUGCAGCAGCCUCUGGAUCUGGACCUGAAGGUUCCAGAAUCCAGUUCCAGUCUGGGGCUCAUCAUCGGUGUUAGUGUGGCUGGCGUUAUCUUGGUGUGUGCAAUUUCUGGGAUCUUAGCAUUUCUCAGAUUCGGGAGAGGAGAGGAUGAUCCCAGGAAUGACCCUUCUUUCUGAAACGAUGCUGUGAAUUGAGAUGGGAGCACAGGAAACGUUCCCACGUGGCUCUUUGUUCAUGUCAAGAUGUCAAUUUCCCGGCUCUGGCUGAGCUAUUUGGACUGCAAUAGAAUUGAUGAAAUGUUUGCAAAUGUAUUUGGAUGUUUGUAAGCUUUUUAACUGCUCGGAUAUUUAGCGAGUAGCAAAAUGUAUGAGUUUAACACAGUGUGGUAAACAAAACAAGGUUAUCGAAACAAGGUGGCUGUAUUCACAAAGCUGUUAUGGCAGAAGAAGUAAAUAUAUGGUUUAAGGUGAAGGCCUGCUUGAUAACAGCAAGCUAAGAUGAACCGCUUGAGUUAGAAUAGAAUAGAGUUGGAAGGGACCUUGGAGGUCUUCUAGUAUAGGGCUUUUCAACCGGUGGUACACAUACGAUCUGUGGUACUUUGCCACAUGGCAGGUGGUACACAAAUGCUAGCCAAGUGUAGCAGGGGAGGGGAAUGAGCCUAAGCGAGCCAAGCAGCUGCAUGACUGUCUGGGCUCGGCAGAAGCCCCAGGAGCCGGCAGGGCUCCAGCUGAUUGGCUCCAGCUGACUGACGAUUCCGGAAGCAACUUGGAGCUGGAGGUAAACUGAAGAAAAAGGGAGAGGAGGAGAGGAGAGGCUAUAAAAGGAGGUGGUUUGGGUGGGGGAAGGGAGAA